UUCGAUGAGUUGUGCUUCCGAAAGCUCCAUUCAUUUAUUUAUUUUUGGGUUAAUGGCCGGCAACCCUGUCCGAGGAUUGAAAAAUUAGAAAAGAGAGAAGAAGAGAAGAGGAAACACCACCGCCGGGCGCUUGGAGCGGUUGGGUGGUUCUUUCCCUUCAUCCCCAAUCAUGGAGGCAUGCCUUUCUUGCAGCACUGUUCUUGCUUCCGUCCUUCAGUUAAAAAAAUAAUAAUGGAAAAAAUAAAAAAUAGGAAACAGAGUAAAGAAUAGUUGGUUCCUGUUCCACCACCCCUUUUUUUGUUACCCUCUUUAACCCUUGUAAUUCUUUAUUCUUCUUAUUCUAGUCUCUUCUCUGCCGUUUGUUCUUCUUCCUUGGGUAAUGAAUAAAAACCGCUGAGAUUUUCCUUUAUUCCUCUUCUUUUCGUUGUGUUCUUUGCGGUGGGUUCUUUUGUCGGGAAAAUUGCGAACGAGACGGGGGUUGGCGAUCUCGGCGAAUGAUGGCAGAUUUCGAUGUGGGCUCUCGUUUGCCUGGUGGAAAAGAUGGUUCUUUUUUUUUUUUUUAACUCAAAAAGGAGGGGUCUUUUGAAUUUUUGGGGGUUAGGUCUUUGACCUUGGUCUUGAAUACUGGUAGAGAUUGGUGUAGUUUGUUGUCUUUCCUCUUGAAAAUUUCGAGGUAGUUGAUUGCGAAUGGGAUAGAGGGAAUUUCGAUAAUCUUCUACCAUCUGUUCUUCUUAGAUUCUUUGGUGUUUUUUUUUUUUUUUAUGAAUGUUGAGAUAUUUCGAUCGGAUUAUUCUCCUCUUGGGGUGAGGAAGGGCGUUUUCUGCAAAAAAGGAGAGAUUUUUCUCCCCAAUUUAUUGGAUUUUGUUUUCGUGUUCGGAGGUUGAUGGGAUUUUUGAGCAUGAUGGGCAAUUCCUUUGGGUGCUCGGCAUCCGGGGAGCGGCUGGUCUCGGCGGCAAGAGAUGGUGACCUUCAAGAAGCCAAGGCUCUCUUGGAGUACAAUCCCCGGCUCGCCAGGUACUCCACCUUUGGCGUCCGGAAUUCGCCGCUCCAUUACUCUGCAGCACAGGGCCACCAUGAGAUUGUCUCUCUGUUGCUCGAAUCUGGUGUCGAUAUUAAUCUCCGGAAUAUCCGAGGGCAGACUGCUUUAAUGCAAGCUUGUCAAUAUGGUCACUGGGAGGUUGUUCAGACUCUAAUGCUUUUCAAAGCCAAUAUUCACAGAACGGAUUAUAUCAAUGGUGGAACGGCUCUCCACUUUGCAGCUCUAAAUGGUCACACUCGAUGCAUUCGUCUUCUUCUUGCUGAUUACGUGCCAAGCAUAUCUGGCUUUUGGAAUAUGAUGAGGAAACCAACCCAAGAAGUUUCUAUUGCAGAUUUUGAUGUGGGUGCUCUAUCUGAGAUAGUUAAUAGAAAGGCAGAUGGAGGCAUUACAGCUCUACAUAUGGCUGCACUAAAUGGGCACACUGAGAGCGUGCAGUUACUAUUGGACUUGGGAGCUCCUGUUUCUGAGGUCACAGUGGAAGAUGGGACGACAAUUGACUUGAUAGCAGGUGCAGGAAGCACACCGCUUCAUUAUGCUGCUUGUGGUGGAAAUGCAGCUUGUUGUCAGGUUCUUAUCGCCAGAGGUGCCAGCAUAACUGCUGAAAAUUGUAAUGGUUGGACUCCUUUGAUGGUAGCUCGAUCAUGGCAUCGAAAUUGGCUUGAGGGCAUUCUAAAUAAACAACCAGAAAGUCGAGUACAUAUUCUUCCUUCACCAUAUCUCUCUCUUCCACUUAUGAGCAUCAUGAGAAUAGCUAGAGAAUGUGGAUGGAGAAAUAAGAACCAGUCACCUGCAUGCAUUGAUCCAUGUGUGGUUUGCUUGGAAAGAAAAUGCACGGUAGCUGCAGAAGGUUGUGAUCAUGAGUUCUGCACUAGGUGUGCUCUGUACUUGUGCUCCACCAAUAGCACUUCGACAAUUGCGGCAGGUCCACCUGGCUCUAUACCCUGCCCUCUCUGCCGGCAUGCAAUUGUCUCAUUUUUCAAACUCUCAGGCACAAGCCCUGUCAGGGAGUUGCCUAGGGCAAGCCUUUCCUUGUCUUUAUGCACCACUUGUCCAGCUGUGGGCUCAGGUUCUACCACUUCGAUGACUACUCAGCUGUGCAAACCUGACUUCCACUGUACUCGGAUCCCGCCUCUGGGUUCAUCUUCCUUUCGGUCUCUCAGCUGCCAGAGGUUCCCUUCGAUGAAGCUGAAUUCGGCUCUUUGCAUGGGAGCUCCAGAAACAAGCCCAUGCCUUAUAAGGUGCUCGAGACCAGGAUCAUUAGGGCGGUCAGCUUCUCAAGGGGAGAGCAGCAGAAGGUCAUGGCUUCUUGCCCUUAACCAAAUUGUUACUACUGGAAGCAGUUAGAAUUCUGCAAUCCAUGCUCUUCUUUUUUUGUUUGUCUGUUUGCUUGCUUUUCAUUUUUCCUUCUUUUUUUUUUUUUUGGUGUGCUUGCCUUGCGAAUCCUUUUUCAUGGAAAUGCCAAUCAACCUGCUGUUGAUAUUAGUGACAUAUCCGCUGUGUUGUAAAUAGAGGAUUAUGUGCUACUGUUGUGUUGUAUAUGCAGGAUGAUCAUGGAGGCUAUUGUCUUUUUAUUUAUUUUGUUUAUUUUUGUUCUUUCAUUUUGUAAAUGAGGAAGGAUGUUGCUGAUGCGUUUUUUUAAUGCAAUUAUGAAAGAUGAGAAGUUUUUUGUUUCA